CUGAAGGAGACAGGGUUGAAGAGAAGAAUUUAGGGCACUGAAGUUGACAGGGCUCCCUUCUUAGUUUAGUUUAUUUUUAUUUCUAUUUCUUUUCUUUUAUUUUUGAGGGGAUAAAGUGCUAGAUAUUUCUAGUUCGCAAAGAAAGGCAGUAGGUGGCGGUAAUGCACCAGUUUGGAUGCCAGCCGCCUAAAAAGAAGAAGAAGAAGAAGAAGAAGAAGAAGAAGAAGAGGGCUUCCUGUGAGACGCCCCGAGUGCUCGUCUUCACGCCUCGUGUCUGCGCUGCGCUCCACAGGCGACUAGAGAAAGGCGUGGACCACCUGACCAACGCCAUCGCCGUGUGCGGUCAGCCGCAGCAGCUGCUGCAGGUGCUGCAGCAGACUCUGCCUCCGCCCGUCUUCCAGAUGCUGCUCACCAAGCUGCCCAGCAUCAGCCAGCGGAUCGUGAGCGCCCAGAGUCUGAGCGAGGACGACAUGAGGACCAGGAGGAGACCGCCCCCGAGCCCUCCUCCUCCUCCUCUUCCUCACGUGGACCCUCCGUGACGACCUCGCCAACGCCUCGGCCUCCAUCACGCCGGCCGACGUCCAUCACUUCCGGUGUGCGGUAUUAACUGGUUUUUGAAUUAACUGGUUUUGGUACGCGUGCAUGAGGCAGAUGUGCCGUAGGAGUGGCCUCGAGUUGCCUCUCAGGACCCGUCUGACUAACUAGGAAAUGCACAUUUCCAUCGCUUAGCCUCUCUGUCACGUUCUUUUUAUGUAACGCUAAUGUUUUAAAGACUGUUACCUGUUGUUUUGUUACGAUAAGGACACACAUAACUACACACAGGAGUGAGCGUGUCUUUUGACACAUGACGGGUGAGCAGCUUGCUCCAGCCUUCAUUUAGGAUUUCGACGGCAUUAACGAAACGUUUUCCACCUUCAUGACGAACAUAUCACUUGUUCACUGGCGAUACAAACAAUUAAAAAAUGGAUUAAGAUUAACGCCAAGAAUCGAACCUGCGACCACAGGGCCUCCUAACUUGCAUCCCAACUACCAUUGAGCUAUAGAGGAAUAUGGGUUGAUUACAGUCAGUUUAAGUUUUAGAUGAAUAGAUAAAUCACUCAUAGUGAUAAUCAGUAACUGCGUUUCCUAUUGUCGCAUCAACUUUAAUGCACAAAGCGGCUGUUGCCUAUGCAAUCACGUAUUUGAGUUAGGUGGGUCUAUGAUGUUAGAAGAAAAGGCAGUCGGUGUUAGAAUAUAUUAUAUAAAUAUUAAUGUCUUCCAAAGUUACUAUAUUACUUACUUAAUUUGCUCAGUCAGUUUUUGUUAUUGCAAAGUACAUUGUAAUGUAAAUCGGGUUAUCGGGUGAAAUACCUAUAGCUCAAUGGUAGUUCACAAGCAACGAACAGAACAGCAGGUGCACAAGUCGGCUGUUCGAUUCUUUGAGAAAUCCGUGUUUAUAUUAUUUUUGUAUUGUCGGUUUAGAUAUUUUUUUAUCACCAGUGAACAAGUGAUAUGUUAGUCAUGAAGGUGGAAAACGUUUCGUUAAUGCCGUCGAAAUCCUAAAUGAAGGCUGGAGCAAGCUGCUCCCCCGUCAUGUGUCAAAAGACACGCUCACUCCUGUGUGUAGUUAUGUGUGUCCUUAUCGUAACAAAACAACAGGUAAGUCAUGUUUAAUCUGGACAGUGAGUGCUGCACAGGGUAGAGUAUAGUUACGAGGAUAUAUGUUGAUCCGUAGUCUCGAAUAUAAAACAUAAGAGAUGUGAAGACAGCACAAAGUCUUGUUGUGGUAUCACAACUUAAUCUGAGUCGAUCACAGUUUCCCAGCUGACAGCGGUGGGCGAGCUGGGUGUAAACAACGGGCUACAUGCUUCAUUACACACUGUAUGAAGAGUAAACUGGUCUCACAUCGACUUGACGUCAGAUAACGACGUAUAACAUAAAUAUCAGACUGACAACAAGA